UAGCUUAACCCCCCUCGCUCCUUAACGUAUCUAUUUAGUAUUUGUUUUCCUUCUGUUCCAUCAAGCACACCGACUUGAUUUUAGUAUUUGUUUAUCAGCACACAGACUGCAGUGCAUAUGAAAGCUUAAUUGGGCGGGCUGGACCACACUGCACUGCAUGCAUGGCAGUGACAUUCACCAAUGACCACUGAGAACGAGCUACUGACAGUCAACGUUGUCAUUGCUGCCACUGGUGAGACCCUUCAACUGUUCUGCGACGAACCCCGCUCGUUUCAUGAUCUUCAUGUGUCCAUCUUGAAGCAUCCAACGGUGGAAGCGGCUCUCGUACCGUUCUUGGAACAUGUUCCAACUUUUCAGGGACUGCCAUUGGUGCACGAUGGCGACUUGCACUUUCGCUAUACCCGCUUGCUGUACAAUGGCUACCAGGUCAACGGGAAAAACUAUUUGACUAGGGAAAAGCUACGGCAACUGGACGCUGUCGAGCUCUUGCUGGGAACAGACUGCGUGACAUGUCGUCAGUUUUUCACCAGCGAGCGGGAUCUCUUGUACUUGCAGGUGGACUAUUCCAUCACCUUUGGACAGCUCAAGUCCAAAAUACGCCGAUCGUACCCCUAUUACAUGGCUCAGUACAAGAAUUGGUACAAUUCGGACAAAUUUUUCUUGGUGGUUACCUUUUCCAGAACUGUGCAAAGUCAUUACUGUGAUGAAAAUUUUGACAGUGAUCAAGAAGAACAAGAAGAAGAUGGUGAUGAUGAGGAUAGCCAUUCAAGUGACGACGGUGGCACUGAUUACGAUCGUGGCAAGUUCACGAUUGCACCGGAUCAUCUUCCCUUGUAUCGAAAAUCCAUUCGGCUAGGGAUGCUGAUCAUGCAACCAUUUGCCCUUUCCAUCCAGACAUUGGCAGGCCAACGGUUUCAGGUGGGGUUUCACGAAAAGACUAAAAUGAAACACCUCAUUCAAAGGCUGCGGGAGGUCACGGGCAUACCUCGGCGCCGAAUUUCUCUGUUUCAUCAGGGACAAAGGGUUAAUCAUGACAGCCGUAGCGUGCUCGACCAUGGGAUUCCAAUCCAAGGAGGGAUUCUCUACCUUGUGGAUUAUCAGUCGUCAUGCAAGAAUAAUAGUACAAAGCCACUUAUUGGCUUUGCCAUUGAGCAAACAGAACUACGGGCCAUCAGCCUGCAACAACUCAAAAACGUUACCAUUCAGAUUAUUUUGAGAUGCGAAAAGGAAAAAUGGACCAGCACAAGCUCCAAUCAGAAGAAAGAGAAGCAAAGGUGUCUACUGAAACCAGAAGAUGUGACCUUGUACGACCUUGUUCAGCAUUACAUCGUGCCAAUCACAAAGGAACGCAAAUGCAGCUACGUCGAACUGAUUGCACCGGGGCCUCAAAAACCGGAUUGGUUUGUCAGUCAUUGGUGGGGAGAACCAAUCCUGCAAUUUGUGGCUUGUUUGGAAAAACACGCCAAAGAUCGUUUCCCUGCUAAACGACCAGACCAGAUCUUUUAUUGGGUUUGCGCCUACGCCAACAAUCAACAUUCUCUCGACGAGGAACUGUAUCAAAGCACUCCGGACGAAAGUUCCUUCUUUCGGGCCAUGGAACAAUCCGUUGGAACCGUAUCAAUUUUGGACAAGGAUAUGGUCGUGUUUAGCAGAAUCUGGUGCAGCUUUGAAGUAGUGGUGUCCUUGCGACAAAACGAGAUGAAGACAUUUGAAGACAACAACGAUUCACGCUACCUCUACGAUCUUUACACCAUGAAAGAUACCUCCGACGGAACCAGAGCUGUCGGUUUGCGCGAUGGGGAUUGCAGUCGUGGCCGAGGCUUUCCAAGUUUCCCACAAGCCUUGGAUAUUUGCAUACAAAAGGCCAAGGCAUCUGUUCCAGAGGAUAGAACAAUGAUACUCAAUUACAUUGUAGGACGACAACAAGAUCAGGCCCAUGAGUCGCCUCUGAAACAGCACAAGGCCUACGAUGAGGUCAAUGCCGUGUUACGAGGAAGGUUUGCCGAGGCAACAUACAGGCUUGCUUUGGAACAAGGCUCUGUACCAAUGGAGAAGUACCGGGCCGCCCUGGCGCAGUACCCGGGCCUCGUUAAGCUCUGGAUGGAUUUUCGCAAUUGUCCUCCCUUCGCCAAGGAGGCGAGGCAUUUCAUCGAUUCAGCACUACCACAACAUCUGCAUACGUUGUCUUUGGAUUUGGAUGAAAACGUGUUUGUGAAGCUGGACGAUGGCUUUGCGAACGGGCUGAGUAGGCUUGUGAAAUUGGCAAGUCUAUCACUUAGCCUUCGAGAUUGCUGGGCGCUCGAGUCGCUUGGCUCCCUUCCGGCCUCAUUGGGAAGAUGUUCUAGUGUCGAGGUUUUGAGUCUGGAUCUGUCCAAUAUAAAGGUCGAGGCACUGGAUUGUUCGUGGCAUGGUUCCUUCUCUCAGCUUGCCUUGCUGCGAAGUUUUCGCUUACGCUACAUGCACAAGUUCCAUGAUUUGACAUCAAUCCGCGCGCUGUUGGAAGAAGUUGGCAUGACAACAACCCUGAAAGAGCUAGAGUUUCAGUUUCGUUCCGAAUGCGAUUCGUGGGUCUCGACUCCGUUGGAGCUGUCCUUGCUACGAUUGGACCAACUGGAGAGACUUACAGUUCAUAGUGACAAUGGCGGCGAUGCAGAGCCAUCAUUCAUGGAUCAUCUGCUGCGGCUUAACCCCAGGUUAAUGACGGAACUGGACAUUGGCUUUCCCGUCCGGGGCAAAGAACUGUCUCAAGCUCUGGCACAUCUGGUGAAUCUGUCGAGGCUGAAACUGACAUACUGGCCAACCACGUCGCCUGAGGAUUCAGACGAAAGCGUUUCGAAUCUUGCGAACUCCUUGGCCCGUCUGAACAGCCUGAAGGCCCUCGAUUUGUUCCUACGACCCAAGCGCGAGAAGGACAUCUUGGAUCUUUGCGGGCCUAUGGCCACCAUGUCCAAUCUGACUAGGUUAAAACUCAACGUUGGGUAUGACAGGGAAUCCCUCUCCGAUGAUGCUCUUGCCGAGAUUGGCGCGGCGAUUUCUCAGCUGUCCAAGAUUGAGACAUUCUCGUUGACGUGUGACUGGACAAACCUUACGAGUUUGGAAUGCCUCUUGCCGCCAGUGGUCGGCCUAUCGCGUCUCAAGCAUUUUGAACUGCAGAUGAAGCAAUGCCACGCCCUUUCCCGCGCCACCAUCCUGAGCUUUGCUGAGGCUUUGUCAGCAGGUCUGCAGAAUGGCGAUUGCGUCCUACGGCUUCAAUUUUCAUAUUGGAUGAGAGUCGAAGGAUUGGCAAGGCUACAGAAAACUGAUUUGGAAAGAAGCUAUCAGGAAUUUGAAGGAACUGCAAAGGAUCUUCGCCUUUUGCUUGCUUCUCAGGGGAAUUAGACAAGAAUGGCUAUAUAGCAGUCAUUUUGGUUCCGUAUGAGUAUCGAUGCCAAUCGAUUGCGCUAGCAAAGUACUCUUGUUUCCUGUCAUGUUAUCGUUCUGUGCGUAAUUGAUUCUACAUAAUAGUACCGCGGCACGGAAUCUGAGCUUCCUUGCCCUGCCAGCUUUGUCGUCCUGCCUCACAGUGGGCUCGCUCUAAGCCAGAACAUGCUGCCGAUGCGAAUCUCCUAUUGUCGCAUUGAAGGUGUCUUUGUCCGUGCUGAACUUCCGAGCAAGUUCUGCGAUCCGUCUUGCAUCAGGGAAGAAAUCUCCUCUUGACACCAUCCAAUCUAGAUAACUCUUGAAUGAUGGGUCCACCACAGCCAUACCUUUGUGUUGUCCAAAGUUGAAGACAACUUCUCCUUGAGGGUUCCGCACAAACUUGCCUUCAAAAUCAAUUUUGUUGCCUCGAUACAUUCUAUCGAUAGCCGCACCAUCAAGACCGGCCAAAUGGAAGUCUUCCACCAUGGCAUUGUAGACGUGGGCAGUGGCUAUGAUGUCUGCUGCUGCAUUGUGGGCGUUUUCCAUGGGUUCACCUAGGAAGACUUGAUGUGCGUUGACCAGUUUGCGACGUUCCCCCUUGCAUUUACGUCUCUGAGCGUCCCAGAUGAAGAAUGGAUCAAUGAUAGCGACACCAGCAAGAGCCAAGGGUUCAACUCCUGCUGUACAAUAUUCAGCCUGUAGC